AUGAAUUCAUUGAACAACCUGAAUUCCCGUUUUAGAGGCCUAGGAUUAGGUAAACGGAAAUCCACCGCCAGUAUCCCCUCAAGUACGCCUGAACCACAACGGCCUGCGACCUCGACCCCGACCUCAACCCCUCCACCGCAAAUAACGCAGCAGUUCCCACAGGCCCAAGCUCAACCCCAUCCUUAUCCUGGUCCCGCCGCCCCCUCUAUAACAGCUUCGUCCUCCCAGACGAGCCUCCCGAUAAUGAACCAUCCCGGCGCUGGACCACGUCCACCUAGUUAUAGUACUGCAAAUUUCCAACCUGGUCCUCAACCUCCUGUUGGCCGCACAAGCCCUUUAACAACGGGACAAGCUCGCACACCGCCAUCGCAAAUGGUUGGCGGCCCCCCUCCCAUUAACACCGGUGCUCCUGUCUCCGGCUACCCUCCUCAGAUGCAUGCCCCCCCGGGCUCGCAACCUCCCCCAGGAGUUGCUGGUGGUCCUCCUGGCUACGCUGGUUACCCGCCACCUGCUCCCGCUCCUCAACCGACCAACGCUAUGCAGUCCUAUGGCAGGCCGGCUGCUGAAGUCGAAGGGAACAGCAGAAGUAAGGCACAGUUAAUCGUCGGAAUUGACUUUGGUACAACGUUCUCUGGCGUUGCUUUUGCGUUUGCGACAAAUAACGAGGCGAAGGAGGACAUCAUCACAGAAUGGCCUGGUGCUGGAUCGUACACGAAGCAGAAGAUACCUACUGUUCUUUACUACGACCAAUACCAAAAGGUUGUUGGAUGGGGUCCAGAUAUUGCUGAUGCCCUGGCACCUACAGGAUACCCGAAACCUGGUGUCCAAAAGGUCGAAUGGUUCAAACUCCAGCUUAUGCUGUCAGGUAACACUUACAUCGACCCCAUUAACCUUCCGCCACUACCGCCCGGAAAGUCGGAAAUCGAUGUAGCCGCAGACUACCUGUUUAAGCUGCGGCAAGCUAUGCGCACGGCGCUACAAAAGACGUUGGGUGAGGUAUUUAAUCGAGAGGAACGAAAUAUUCGCUACUACCUGACUGUGCCGGCUAUUUGGAACGAUGCUGGCAAGGCUGCUACGCGAGCCGCCGCUAUCCAGGCCGGCUUCCUCAGGGACGAGAACGACAACAGAUUGACACUCGUUAGCGAGCCCGAGGCCGCAUCGCUUUUCUGUGCCAAGACUGGCUUGCUUAAUUUGAAAGUUCACGACGCUAUCUUGAUUGUCGAUUGCGGUGGUGGUACUGUUGAUUUGAUUGCAUACGAAGUCGAGGAUGAGAAUCCAUUCACGGUCGCGGAAUGCACGGCGGGUUCUGGCGACUCUUGUGGUUCCACUGCCCUCAACAGGAACUUCAGUAACAUUCUACGGACUAAGAUCCGAAAGAUGAAGUUACCAGACGGAUCUAAGACGGCCGGUCGCGUGUACGCCAAAUGUAUUAUGGAUUUUGAGAACAGAAUCAAGGCCGAUUUCAGGAAUAACGGCCAAAAGUGGGCUGUUGAUGUUGGUAUUGAGGCUGAAUUCCCCGAGGCCGGUAUCGAAGAAGGUUACAUGACUUUUACUAACGAGGAAAUUCUUCAAUGUUUCGAACCCGUCGUAAACCGGAUUUUGGAACUCGUACGAAACCAAAUCAUCGCCAUCCAAGCCCAAAAUAGGACGCUACAAAACAUCUUGGUAGUUGGUGGUUUUGGUGCUUCCGAAUACCUCUUCCAACAGAUCAAACUACACGUCCCUCCCCAGUUCCAGGCCAAGGUUGUGCGACCUAUGGACUCCGUUGCCGCCAUUGUCAAGGGAGCCGUCACCGCAGGUAUUACCGAGCGGGUUAUCACGCACCGUGUAGCUCGUCGCCACUAUCUUAUGGCAACUCUGCAGCCCUUCAAGGAGGGCUACCAUCCCGAAGCAUAUCGUGUGCCAUCUCUAGACGGCAAGGACAGAUGCAAGUUCACUCGGCAGAUUUUUGUGCAAAAGGGCCAGAAAGUCAAGAUCGGCGAACCAGUUAAGGUAUCAUUUUUCCGACAGGUGGCCCCGGGUGCUACGCUUAUGUACGAAGACAUCCUGUACGCUUGUGACGAGGAUGUCUGCCCUGAGUACACCAAAGAUCCUCGUAUAAAGGAAGUAGUUACUCUCACAUCCGAUCUGUCACGCAAGAACCUCGAAAAAGAUUUCGAGCGUAUGGACACGCCACAGGGUACAUUUUACCGAGUUUACUUCGACAUCUAUCUCACUCUCGACGGCUCGGAAUUUAGUGCUGAAUUAGUCUGUCAAGGAGAGGUUAUGGGCCGCUGCAGAUCUAGAUUCAGGUAG